AUGUUUAAAACGCCCCCACAAAAUAAGUCUGCAGCUUCGACAGAGGACUCUAAUAAGAGGACCGAAAAACCAGCCCCCAUGACUGGAAAAGACAAAGGGUCAACAUCUUCAGUAAGGAAAAGUGUCGGUGAACUAGAAUCACGUCUUGGUGCUACUCCAAAAAAUAUUAUAGUUGCAUUGCCGACGAAACAAACUGCCAAACUUCCCCCUGCAAAUGUAGGUGACGACAACCAAGUCGAUAAGGAAAUGACCAAGGGCGCAGUGACAGGAAGUCAGUUCGUUGCAGAGGAAAGAAAAAUUUUAGUGGCACAAGCAAACCUACAAAGGAAAGAGCUUGCAACGAGCGAAUUAAUGCUCGAAGCGAGCAAGAAGGGUAUGAGCUUUGCCCUAAUUCAAGAACCGUACGUGGGGAGGGUUGGAUACCUGAGGGACUAUCGGGGAGCACGUAUAUUCCAGAGCGCUAAGAGAGGAGAAGGAGUGGUGAAAGCGGCGAUAGCCGUCUUUGAUAAUAACAUUUAUGUUACUCAGUGUCCGACCCUCACCACGAACAACAUUGUGACGAUUAAAAUGCAAAUGAACACACUCGAAAUAGGACUGAUUUCGCUGUACCUUGAACCGGAUUCACCAAUCGAACCUUACAUCAACCAACUCAAAAAGAUAGUAACAAAAAUGGGGAAAACUGAAGUAAUAAUAGGAGGGGAUACAAAUGCAUGGAGCCAAUGGUGGGGAAGUGCGAAGGAAGAUGGACGUGGAGAAGCGCUUGCAGGUGCUCUGAAUGAACUCGGCUUACACGUACUAAACGAGGGAGAUGUGCCAACAUUCGACACAAUUAGAGGCGGCAAAAGAUUCAGUAGUCACGUCGACAUUACAGCGUGCUCUGAAAAUCUUUUAAAAUUGGUGGAUGACUGGAAGGUACACGAGGGCAUAACAAGUUCGGACCACAACACAAUUUUAUUCAAAAUUAAAAGUAAAUAUUUAUCAGAUGUAACAAUAAAACGGACUACAAGGGUAUAUAAUAGUAAAAAGGCAAAAUGGAGUCAGUUUCGUAAGAAACUAACUCAAUUAUUGACCGACAAAAAUAUAACCAAAACAGAAAUUGACAAUAUAAAACAUAGUAAAAAUUUGGAAAAUCAUAUAGAAAAAUAUCUAGAAGUAAUAAAAGAAGUAUGCGAAUCUACCAUUCCAAAAAAGAAAAAUCAAAAUAAACUCACCUUACCGUGGUGGAAUGAUGAGCUUGUUUUACUAAAGAAGGACGUCACUACCAAAAAGCGCCGUAUAAGAUGUGCUGCUCCCGUACGUAAAGCCGACGUCGUCGCGGCGUACCUGGAAGCGAAAAGCAUAUAUGAAAAUGAAGCAAAAAAGGCUCAGGUAAAAAGUUGGAAGGAGUUCUGUGGUAGACAGGAUAGGGAAGGGUUAUGGGACGGGAUAUAUCGGGUUAUCGGCAGAACUACAAAAAGGCACGAAGAUCUGCCUCUUUUCAAAGGCGGAAAAAUACUCGAUAACAUCGAAUCGGCAAAGAUGUUGGCCGAGACCUUCUAUCCUAGAGACCAAGUUGAGGCUGAUAACGCAGAACACCAGCGUAUCAGGGAACUAGCAGAAAAAGUCAAUGAAGGGACACAAGAUAAUUCUUGUGACCCUCCAUUUACAGUCGCAGAGCUAAAAUACGCAACCAACAGCUUCAACCCGAAAAAGGCUCCGGGUGGAGACGGUUUCACGGCUGAUAUUUGCCAACAUACUAUUCUCCAUAACCCGGAACUUUACCUGAGCCUAGCUAACAAGUGUUUGGAGCUAGGACACUUUCCCACAGUAUGGAAAAAAGCGGUAGUAGUAGUUUUGAGAAAACCAGGGAAAGAAGACUAUACGCACCCCAAAGCCUAUAGACCGAUAGGUUUGCUAUCAGUUAUGGGUAAAAUCCUGGAGAAAAUGACUAUCAGAAGGAUAAGGUGGCACAUCCAACCUGGGGGGAGUACUCGCCAAUACGGUUUCACGCCACAGAAAAGCACCGAAGAUUCCCUCUAUGACAUGAUGGAGUAUAUAAGAACACAAAUACAAAAUAAAAAAAUAAUUAUCAUGGUAUCACUUGACAUAGAGGGAGCCUUUGAUGGUGCAUGGUGGCCGGCCAUCAGAUACCGAUUGGCUGAGGAAAAAUGCCCUAUUAAUAUAAGAAGGUUGAUGGAUAGUUAUCUCCAGGAUAGAAAAGUUAGCGUCAGGUACGCUGGUGUAGAGUACAACCAGGACGCUUCAAAGGGGUGCGUACAGGGUUCCAUAGGAGGACCGGUACUAUGGAAUUUGCUUCUUGAUCCUCUGCUCAAGGAGUUGGAAGCAAGAGGCGACCGGUGUCAGGCUUUCGCCGACGAUAUCGUCCUUCUGUUUGCGGGGGACACGGCACUUGAAAUCCAGAGGCGUGCAAAUGCCGCUCUCGAGCAUGUUCGGAGGUGGGGAAUUCGUAAUAAACUGAACUUUGCGCCACACAAGACCAAGGCUAUGUUAAUUACUAAUAAGUUAAAAUACGAUUCACCACGUCUGAGCAUGGGCGGGAUAGACAUUGGCAUGUCGGAGGAGAUCAAAGUGCUUGGUCUCACCGUCGACAGGAAGCUCACAUUUAAAAGCCACGUAAAAAAUGUGUGCAGGAAGGCCACAGCUCUUUACACACAACUAUCAAGAGCUGCCAAAAUCAGUUGGGGCCUUCAACCCGAAAUCAUAAGGACGAUAUACGUGGCGGUUGCUGAACCGGUUGCCUUGUAUGCAGCGAGUGCGUGGGCGCCAGCCGUCAGCAAGCUGGGAGUCCGAAGGCUUCUCAACACCGUGCAAAGAGGAUUCGCUCAGAAAAUUAUAAAAGCAUAUCGUACCGUGUCUCUACACUCGGCGUUAGCGUUGGCGGGUCUGCUUCCUCUGGAUCUAAGAAUCCAGGAAUCAGCAUCCCUCUUUAGAGCAAAGAGAGGAAAGCUCCCGCCGAUUCUAGAAGACCGGGAGUUGAUAUAUUUAUACAUCCUUUAUACACAUUAUACUAUUGACGCUACACGGACAUAUACUCCCAAGAUGUUUGGAAUUAGAACACCAACUAAACCGACACAAUCACCCUCUAAAACAGGAAGUGAAAUUUCAAAAGUAAGACGCAGCAUAGAUGACUGGGAAUCUAACAUUGAUUCAACCCCAUCCAUGACUACCACGACAAUGCAGGCAGGUACUGCUAAAACAAAACCAACGGGAUCAGUGCUACAAAACAGUAAAACCACGCAAAAAGUGUCUGUUGAAAUACACACUCCGCCAAAGCAGCAGUAUGAAAAUAGAACAAUGGAAGCAAAGGCCUGUUUAACAAAAGGCAAGCUUCAUCUAAACGCCUCUCGGAAUACGAAAACAGAGAUAAAAAAUGGCGUUGUAGAAGCACUGGAUCGAUUAUAUCAGCUUGUUAAAGAAGCUGAAAUGGAGUUAAAGGCAAAAAAGGCAAAAGGAGAAAAGGAAAAGAGUGCACAAGUUGAACAAGCCCACUAUAAAAUUAUCCAAGCAAACCUCCAGCGCAAAAAAUUAGCAACCCAUGAACUUUUUAUUGAAGCUGAGAAACGUCGAGCUGAUAUAGCACUACUUCAAGAACCAUACGUAGGUGGUGCUAACACGAUGAAAGGUCAAAGAGGCGUGAGGGUUUUUCAAAACUCUAGCCCAGGAGAAGGGACUGUUAAGGCAGCGGUAGCCGUCUUCAACGUUGAUUUUAACAUAAAACAGUACCCAAAACUCACCACAAACAACAUCAUUGUGGUGGGAAUUCAAACUAGAGCUUGGGAAAUAACACUCGUCUCUUAUUACUUCGAGCCAGAUCAGCCCAUAGAACCGUAUAUUGAUCACCUUAAAAAGAUAGAGCAAGAAAUUGGAAGUACAAAGUGGAUUGCUGGAGGUGACGCCAAUUCAAAAAGCACAUGGUGGGGAAGCCCGAUCGUUGACCAUAGAGGAGAAGAAAUCGCAGGAGCUUUCGAGGAGCUGGGUCUGAACAUACUGAAUAGAGGGGACAUUCCGACCUUCGAUACCAUCCGAGGAGGAAAACGAUAUUCCAGCUACGUCGACAUAACAGCCUGCUCGACCGACAUCCUGGACUUGGUAGAUGACUGGACAGUGGACGAGGGUCUUACGAGCUCGGACCACAACGGCAUUAUUUUUAAUAUUCGGCUACAAAAAUCAAAAGGUCUAAGAGUAAACAGAACUACUAGACUGUUUAAUACAAAGAAGGCAAAUUGGCCUAAGUUUCAUGAGAAACUUAACCAAUUGCUGUCAGAAAAUCAAUUUAACAAAUCGGAAAUAGAAAAUAUUGAAACCAUUGAACAAAUAGACAUAGCAACAGAUAAAUUAACAAUAUCCAUAACAGACACUUGCAAGCAAACAAUGCCAACCAAAAAAGCUACAGAAGAACUUACCUUGCCGUGGUGGUCCGAUAAGCUCAACAAGAUGAAAAAAGAAGUCACUACCAUGAAACGAAGGAUCAAAUGUGCUGCCCUGGUCCGUAGACAGAAGGUCGUAGAAGAGUACCUGGAACAAAAAGAGAGGUAUGAGUCAGAAGCUAUUAAAGCCCAGAUCGAGAGCUGGAAAUACUUUUGCUGCAAGCAGGAUAAGGAGGGGGUCUGGGAAGGUAUCUAUAGGGUAAUUGGGAGAACAACGCGCAGGGACGAGGACCAGCCACUGGAAAUCAAUAAGGUAGUGUUAGACGCAAAAGGUUCCGUGAAGUUAUUGGCGGAAACGUUCUUUCCGGAGGACUUAACAGACAGCGAAAACACUUACCAUCGCCACGUAAGAAUAAAAGCUGACAAAGUGAACUCUGCUGAGCAAGAUGACCUGUGUGAUCCCCUGUUCACAAUGUUAGAAUUGAAACAGGCGUAUCGAUCCUUCAACCCGAAAAAGGCCCCAGGAGCGGACGGUUUCACAGCUGAUAUAUGUCUACACGCUAUAGAAAGCAACCCCGAGUUAUUCUUGACCUUCCUUAAUAAAUGUUUAACUCUACAACACUUCCCGAAAACCUGGAAAAUCGCGACAGUCAUAGUGCUUAAAAAACCAGGGAAAGUAGAUUACACCAUGCCGAAAGCGUAUAGGCCCAUUGGACUACUACCUAUACUAGGAAAGAUCUUUGAGAAAAUGCUGGUGAACCGCCUCAAAUUUCACCUUUUGCCAAGGAUAAGUACUCGCCAGUACGGGUUCAUGCCACAGAGAAGCACCGAAGACGCCCUCUAUGUACUAAUGCAGUUCAUUCACAUGAAGCUGAAUCAAAAGAAAAUUAUAGCGCUAGUAUCAUUGGACAUCGAGGGAGCUUUUGAUAGCGCCUGGUGGCCAGCCAUACGAGUCCGACUGGCUGAGGAAAGGUGUCCGCUUAACUUGAGGAGGGUCAUAGAUAGUUAUCUCAAAGACAGGAAAGUCGUAGUCAGGUACGCUGGAGAGGAAUAUGCUAAAGGUACAAGCAGAGGUUGUGUCCAGGGAUCCAUUGGAGGCCCAAUCCUAUGGAAUCUUCUGCUAGACCCUCUCUUGAAAAGUCUCGAAUGCAGGGGAGAUUAUUGUCAGGCGUUCGCGGACGACGUCGUAUUAGUCUUCGACGGCGACACAGCACACGAAGUGGAGCGACGUGCCAAUGCCACUCUAGAACAUGUCUGUGCGUGGGGUGUUGAAAAUAAAUUGAAGUUUGCGCCACACAAGACGAACGCGAUGAUAAUAACAAGAAAACUGAAACACGAUGUACCACGCCUCAACAUGGGAGGUACUGCAAUUGGCAUGUCAAAAGAAAUAAAGCUACUUGGGUUUACAAUUGACGAAAAGCUUACUUUUAACACCCAUGUAUCGAAUGUGUGUAAGAAGGCAAUCGGCAUCUACAAACAACUAUGCAAAGCGGCGAAGGUUAGUUGGGGACUCCAUCCGGAAGUGAUAAGAGUGAUAUAUCUCGCGACCGUAGAGCCUAUUAUACUUUACGCUGCUAGCGUUUGGGCACAGGCUGCAAAAAAGCUGGGGAUAAUAAAACAACUCGCCGUAGUCCAGCGCGGUAUCGCGCAAAAACUAUGCAAAGCCUACCGAACGGUCUCUCUGAAUUCGGCGCUAGUACUGGCUGGAAUACUCCCCCUGGACCUCCGAGUCCGUGAGGCUGCUUUAUUAUAUGAAGCCAAGAGGGGGCUGCCACAGCCAGUGUUGGCGGGAAGAGAGGUCGAGAGAAUGGCUUCAGCUUUUGAGGGCCCACACCCUGCUGAGCGCCUGGAAUUAGGAAUUAUUUGUUUGGUAAACGAGGAGCAGCGAAGCAUCCGUAUGGCAACGCUAGACAAAUGGAACCAAAGAUACCAGACUGGCGAAACAGGAAAGAUCACGAAGCUGUUUUUCCCAGACGCGAAAGUGGCCUACCGAAUAAUAAGAAAAUUUGAAGCAAGCAGCGAGACUACUCAAGUCAUGACAGGGCAUGGUGGAUUUUCUGAAUACUUACACCGCUUUAAGUGUAAAGAGAAUCCAUCGUGCAUUUGCGACCGCGAUGCUGAAGAAACUGUGCCACACAUUUUGCUGGAUUGUCCCGCAUACGCCGCAGAGCGCCUGAAAAUAGAAAACGAAAUUGAAUUAAAAUUAAUUAAGGAGAAUAUAAAUAUCAUAAUGAUGAGUAAAUACAGAGAAAAAUUUAUGAGUUAUUGUUUGAAAAUUGCAAAAAGAGUAAUAAAUAGGAAUAAAACUGUUUAA